AAUUGAACAAAAGCUUGACCAAAAACGGCCUAUCGCGCUUAUUUGGCGUUUCGCUUUUCCGUGGUCCGGUAGUGUCACCCGCCCGAGGAAGACCGUUUUUGGGCACCAGAGUCCGCGGGUCACAUUUCCACAGACAGACAGUGGACGCGCAUUGCGCUUUCGACGCUUCUUCUGGGCCCUGGACAAGUGCACCUCGGAGUGAGCGUCGGUAUAAAAUACUCGCACAGUCGCAAAUACACUAUCAUUAGCUUGCUGUCAUUUGUUUAAUCAACACGCACUGAAUUAAUUUCGAAUCCGAGUCCUCCGGCCAGAGGUGCGAUCGAAGGCGACAACGAAGAAGAAGAACUAGGUGGGGGAGUAAAAGAAAAGUGAAAAGUGAAAAUAAAAAUGAAAUCGAUCACGUGUCUAGCGGUGUUGAGUGCCGCCGCCCUAUUUGGAGUGGUGUCCUGUGCGUCGAUUGCCUCGAAUCUGGUGGUUGAUGCCACGCCAAGGAUCGCCACCAGCGAGCAGCUUCUGUCCUCGAUUGUGAACGAGUGCUUCGAGGAUGAUUCGGUGAUGAACUGCCUCAAGGGCAAGGUGUUGGUCUACCUGGAUGGUGUGCUGGGACUACGCGAGGAACAGGCUCGCGCCUUCGAGGAGCAGAAUGUGGACAAGGUGAUCUUCGAUCGUGUGGCACGCAUCCUGGCCACCCACGAGUUCAAGGUUCAACUGCCGGAGGAUACCGUCGUGAGCUACCGUGCCGAUAAGGGUGUCAACCUGGAUGUGGUCCCUGCUGGACUUGCCACCGAAUCGCGCGGUCAUUUACUGAAGAAGAAACUCCUGCUUCCAGUGCUGCUGUUGCUGAAGCUGAAGAUGAAGGCCCUCAUGCCGAUCUUCGUCGCCCUGAUCGGCCUUAAGGCCAUGAAGGCUCUUAUCCUGUCCAAGCUGGCCAUCACUCUGGUGCUCGGAUUCAUCGUCGCCCAGCUGGUUAAGAAGUCCGGCCUGGGAAUGCCCAUGAUGUCAAUGAUGCCAAUGAUGCCCCCAGCAGCCGAAUACGGUGCCCCUGCUCCGGCCACCACCGAACCACCAUCCAGCUAUGGUGCCCCAUCCUGGGAAUCGCAAUCCGGACCUUACUCCCGCGUCUGGGAACCAUCCACUUCCUCCUCCUCCCACAACCUGGCCUACAGCUCGUACUAUCCAAGCGGAUCCAGCAGCUCCUACAGCUCCACUGCCUACAACUCUGGAUCGAGCACCAGCUCCAGCUCCUCGCCAUCCUCUUCCUCUUCCUCCUCAUCCUCCUCCUCAAACUCGGCUCACGCUUACUAAGCGGACCACCCUAAACGUACCAAAAAAUGCGAAACCAUGCAUCAUUCACUAAGUAGUCAAUAUUGAACAAAUGUACAGAUGAAGAGAAAUACUCAAGCCAAAAAUUUAAACAAAGCAAAAAACAGAAAACAACUUUUUCAAAGUAAGAAAAACUGUAAAAAAUCUCAACGACAUCGGAAAACCCAAAAUCAUCACGGCAGUGGCGUGUUAACCUUGCCGAUUGGGCCGAUCCCAAUCGAAGCCGAGGGAUGACAGCCCACCGAUUGAGAGCGCGAACACCCCUAACCGAAAAGAGUGAAGAACAUGAUUCUUGUUAAUGUUAUUUAUUUAUUGUCGUUACCUGUGCUCAGCUCACGCUAUUUAUUUGUCUCGUUCGAGAGUGUAUUUAAAUAAACGAACUAUUUCAAACGA